ACACACCCACUGACACACACACACACACACACAUCGUGGGAAGCCGAAUCCGCCGCCGCCGCCGCCGUCGCCGUCGCCCCACCUGCUGUGGCUUCCAACCUGCUCUCCGGUCUGCGGCUGCGGCUCCGGCUCCCCUGCCUGCGCGCCACCCUCAGGAAAAUGUCAUCAAAUCCUGAUGGAGGCAGAAGUUUUGCCCGGAGAGAUCUUUUACUCGAGAUCCAAUCAUAUUCUCAAAAGCGCUGGGAGGAGGGCAAUGUUUUUGAGGCUGAACCUGGGAGUAAGACACCUGGCCCUGGGGAAAAAUUCUUUGGCAACUUUCCAUACCCUUACAUGAAUGGCUUGCUACAUUUGGGCCAUGCUUUCUCAUUGUCCAAGCUUGAGUUUGGUGCUGCGUACCAUAGACUCCAUGGUUCCAAUGUCCUUUUGCCAUUUGCUUUCCAUUGUACGGGAAUGCCCAUCAAGGCCUCAGCAGAUAAACUAGCAAGGGAGGCUCAACAAUAUGGAAAUCCUCCUGUGUUUCCCGAAUUGGAGGAUGACUCAAGUGCUGAAGUUGCUAAUGAUAGCCAGGCUGACCAGGGGGCUUCUGUUGCCCCAGAUAAAUUUAAGAGCAAGAAAUCUAAGGCUGCUUCAAAAGUUGGCUUACAAAAGUUUCAGUGGGAGAUCAUGAGGGGCUUUGGAUUGUUAGAUGAAGAAAUUGCUAAAUUUCGGGAUCCUUACCACUGGUUAACUUACUUCCCUCCAUUGGCAAAGGAGGACCUCAAGGCAUUUGGCCUGGGUUGUGAUUGGAGGAGGUCAUUCAUUACUACUGACAUGAACCCAUUCUAUGAUGCUUUUGUCCAGUGGCAGAUGAGAAAGCUGAAGAAAAUGGGCAAGGUUGUCAAAGAUAUGAGGUACACAAUCUACUCUCCAUUGGAUGGUCAACCUUGUGCUGACCAUGAUCGUGCUUCAGGUGAAGGUGUACAGCCUCAGGAGUAUGUGUUAAUUAAAAUGGAGGUGGUUCCACCUUUUCCUCCCCAGUUGAAGGCCUUGGAAGGAAGGAAAGUUUAUUUGGCAGCAGCUACCUUAAGACCUGAGACUAUGUAUGGGCAGACAAACUGUUGGGUGUUGCCUGAUGGAAAAUAUGGGGCUUUUGAGAUCAAUGACACUGAUGUCUUUGUUCUGACAUCAAGGGCUGCCCUUAAUCUUGCAUAUCAGGGUCUAUCUAAGGUCCCAGAGAAGCCAACCUGCUUAGCUGAGCUAUCUGGCAAUGAUCUGAUUGGUUUGCCAUUAAAGUCUCCUCUUUCUUUCAAUGAUAUCAUAUAUUCACUUCCCAUGCUUACUAUCUUGACAGAUAAAGGCACUGGCAUUGUGACCAGUGUGCCAAGUGAUUCUCCGGAUGAUUUCAUGGCACUACAAGCUUUAGUCUCAAAGCCAGCUUGGAGACAGAUGUUUGGAGUCAAAGAUGAGUGGGUUCUUCCCUUUAAGGUUAUACCAAUAAUCAACAUUCCUGAAUUCGGAGAUAAAUCAGCUGAGAAGGUGUGCAUUGAUCUCAAGAUCAAGAGCCAUAAUGACAAGGAGAAACUUGCGGAAGCAAAAAGGAUGACAUAUCUGAAAGGUUUUACUGAUGGAACAAUGGUUGUAGGGGAGUUCAAUGGCAGAAAGGUUCAAGAAGCAAAGCCACUGAUAAAGAAGCAGCUUUUGGACAAAGGCACAGCAGUGUUGUAUAGUGAGCCUGAGAAGAAGGUUAUGUCAAGGUCUGGUGAUGAGUGUGUUGUUGCUCUCACGGAUCAGUGGUACAUUACUUAUGGUGAGACCGAAUGGAAGCAGAAAGCAGUCAAAUGUUUGGAGAAGAUGAAUACAUUCUCAGCUGAAACCCGUAAUGGUUUUGAACAUACGUUAGGCUGGCUGAACCAGUGGGCUUGCUCUCGAUCUUUUGGCCUAGGUACUCGCAUUCCAUGGGAUGAGCAGUUCCUUGUAGAAUCUCUGUCCGAUUCCACCCUCUAUAUGGCAUAUUACACAAUUGCUCAUAUUUUGCAAAAUGGAAACAUGUAUGGUACAGAGAUAUUUUCUGUUCGACCAGAACAAAUGACAGAUGAAGUCUGGGAUUAUGUGUUCUGUGAUGGUCCUGCACCUGCUACUGACAUACCUCCUGCCCUCUUGAGCAAAAUGAAGCAAGAAUUUGAGUACUGGUAUCCCUUUGAUAUCCGUGUAUCUGGUAAGGAUCUUAUCCAAAACCAUCUGACAUUCAGCAUCUACAAUCAUACAGCACUUCUUCCGGAGCAUCAUUGGCCCUGUGGUUUCCGUUGCAAUGGGCAUCUUAUGCUUAAUUCUGAGAAGAUGUCCAAGUCCACAGGGAAUUUCCGUACUCUUCGGCAGGCCAUUGAAGAAUUCUCUUCUGAUGCCACUAGGUUUGCUCUUGCUGAUGCUGGUGAUGGUAUGGAUGAUGCCAAUUUUGUUUUUGAAACAGCAAAUGCUGCUAUUUUGAGGCUUACAAAAGAAAUUGCAUGGAUGGAAGAGGUUAUAGCUGCUGAAUCGUCUCUGAGAAUUGGGCCUCCCUCUACUUAUGCUGACCAUGUGUUUGCUAAUGAGAUUAACAUUGCGGUGAUCGAAACUGAGAAGAGCUACAAUGCCUUCAUGUUCCGAGAUGCCCUUAAACUGGGAUUCUAUGACUUACAAUUGGCUAGAGAUGAGUACAGACUCUCCUGUGGAGCAGCAGGCAUGAAUCGUGAUUUGCUGUGGCGGUUUAUGGAAGUCCAGACUGCGCUAAUUACCCCUAUUUGUCCACACUAUGCUGAACAUGUGUGGCAAAAGAUCCUGAGGAAGGAAGGCUUUGCAAUAAAAGCAGGCUGGCCAGUUGCAGGAAGCCCAGAUCCGACUCUAAGAAUUGCAAAUAAAUAUUUACAGGAUUCUAUAGUUAAAUUCAGAAAGCUGCUUCAGAAACAAGAAUCUGGUUCCAAGAAGCCCAAGAAGGGAGCUUCUGCACCUCCUUCUGAGGAAAACAAGCUGACUGUUGGUCUGAUCUAUGUUAAUGAACACUAUUAUGGAUGGAAAGAGCAAUGUCUGAGGGUGCUCCAGUCUAAAUUCAAUGGCCAAGUCCGGUCCUUCGCCCCUGACGAGGAGAUUAACGAAGCAUUGAAGAAUUGCUCCAUCGGGCAGGAAACUAACUUCAAACAAGUCCAGAAGCUCUGCAUGCCUUUCAUCAAGGCGAAAAAAGAUGAGGCGAGGAGUGUUGGCCCCCAUGCUUUAAAUUUGAAGCUUCCUUUUGGUGAAAUGAAUGUUCUUGAGGAGAACUUGGAGUUGAUAAAGAGGCAGGUGGGCCUUGACCAUGUAGAGGCGCUGUCAGCUUCUGAUGAAAUUGCUCGUGCUAAGGCUGGUUCGCAUAUUUCUAUGCUGGAUAAGACCCCACCUUCUCCUGGUGAGCCAGUAGCAAUCUUCAUCAGCAAGCAGGAGUUUGAAGCCCAGCAUUGAGCGCAAGUUCGGAAUGAUAAAUUGUUAACAGGAACUCAUCGAGGUACCUUUCCAUUUUCAUGGACAUAUUAAAAAGUUAUAUUAGCUUGCAGCUUCUACAAUACUCCAGUAUUUGUAGAAAAUGAACAGUUUUGUUCUUCCCUGUAACAGGGUGAUGACUUUGCAAUACCCCAUUUUGUAGAACCUUU